UGACGGAUCCGAAGGCCAUUCCGUCUGGUGUAAGAUCGUCGCGUCAUUGCUUUUGUAAACCGCAGACGGUGGAAAAGGAGAAGAAACAUUCGGCUGGGUUUGAUCUACGCGAAGAAACAACGAGAGUGUCAGGACAAUGCGCUGGUUCGAAGGCACCAUCACCGCUGCCAUCACAUUAGCCAAACAGAAGAACGCGGUUUUUAUCGUGUUUAUCACAGGGGAUGAUGAACAGUCAAGACAGAUGGCUGCAUUUUGGGAGGCUGAAGGAGCAGAAGAAGCAACUGAAAACUCUUUUGUUGCAAUUAAGAUAGACGCUAAAAGUGAAGCAUGUAUGCAGUUUUCUCAAAUUUAUCCUGUGGUAUGCAUUCCAUCGUGCUUUUUUAUAGGAGACAAUGGAAUUCCAUUGGAGGUUAUUGUCGGAAGCAUGACUGCAGAGGCCCUAGUAGCUCGAAUAAAGAAAGUGAAGGAAAUGCAUAGACAAAAGAAGGUAGCAGCUGGUGACAACCAGGAAAACCAUAUAGGUCAAUGUUAUGCUUCAACAAGCAGCACUCCAGCAACUGUUCAACCUAAUGAGCCACAAGUUUAUAAUACAAGAACAGCAGAAACAAUGGCACCACAAAAGCUUGAAGAAAGAUCUAAAGAAUCAACUGUAAAUAAAGAACUUCCAGAUAAUGCUGGUCCCUCUAACAGAAUCACUCACCACAAUGAUGAGGCUUCUGCAAAGCCUCAAGAGAGCGAAGACCUUAACAUUCGAGUUGAAAGACUCACGCAGAAACUUGAAGAACAAAGAGAACAGAAAAAAGAGGAAGAAGCAAUGAAUGAAACUAAAGUUGAAGUUGAACGUAGAAAAGUAGGGAAGGAUAUGGUGGAGUAUAAGAGAAAACAAGAGGAUGACAGGACAAAAAGAAUGUUGGAAGAAAGAAGCAGAGAUAAAGAAGAAGAGCGUUUAGCACGGGAAAGAAUAAGACAACAGAUUGCCUUGGAUCGUGCAGAGAGAGCUGAACGUUAUGCAAAAACAAAGGAGGAGGCUGAGGCAGCAAAAAGAGCAUCAGUGCUGGAAAGGCAGGCUGCUGAAGAAGCUAGGAAAAAAGCUCUUAAUAAUGAAAGAAGUAAAAUGUGCAGAAUCCAGUUUAGACUCCCUGAUGGAUCUUCCUUUACAAACCAGUUCAUACCAGAUGCCUGUUUAGAAGAAGCAAGAGCGUUUGCUGAAUCGCAUGUUGGUGGUAAAUAUGGAAACUUUGAAUUAGCAAUGACAUUUCCAAGGAAACAAUUUACAAAAGAGGAUUAUAAGAAAACAUUGGCUGAACUGGAGUUGGUACCAAAUGCCUCAAUCAUCCUAGUCCCAGGAGGAAGAUCUACAACAUCAAUGAUACCAUCCUCAGAAGGAGGAUUGUGGACUUUCUUGAGAACAUUAUUUUACCCAAUUGUUGCUAUUUGGAGAUUUAUCAACAAUUUUCUGUUUGCUGGUGAUCCCACGCAAAGAUCAUCCGGAGGAAAUGCCAAUCCAGCUCAAGCUCAACCAGAAACAUCUAGAAAUCCACCAUCUGUUGUAACAGAUGCAGACAGGGAAGUGAGGAGGAGGAGAAGGCUUGAGAAACGUGGAGAGGACUUCAAGAGGGAGGGAAGGAUAUACAGACUGCGGAGAGAGGACGAUACAGAUGAUGAAAACAAUACAUGGAAUGGGAAUUCAACUCAACAGAUGUAGCUUCUGCCAUAUUAAAGUACAAACAGUUGUAUUUUAUUUUGCUCUAAAGUUAUACAAGUAAACUUCCAUUUAAAAGAAAAAAACUGGACAGAGGAUGCAUUUUGUACUUCUGUUAAUUUCACGCAUGGAUUUAUACAAUAUUACUGGUGGGGCAGAAUAGUUGCUAAAAUGCGAAUGUGCAGAAAAAUCAUUUUAGGCAAAUUCCAAAUUAUGUUUUCAGACAUCUUUUAAAGUAAUAUAUAUAUAUUUGAAAUCCUGUCUUUGGGUAUUAUCCAUUCCUUGCCUCUAUGACACAUCAGUUAAGAUUCUCCAGCCACUGACCCUUAUAAUUUAAAGCUGAUAAUAAAAUGUUUAAAGUUUUCCAAAACAAAUGUGGGUUUGCAACUUGUUUUCCCACAACUUUAUAUAUAAAAUAGUGAAUCAUUGGUAGCAUAUCUGUCACAUAAGAUGAGUGUUUGAGAUAUUGCAAUGCAGUAAUGGUACACCCCGGUGGGGAUCAUUUUACAGCCAUGGAAAAACAAAGGAAAUGAUUUACUAAUGCCACUGAACAUAAAGAUAUUUGUGCUUGAAACAUUGCUGAACCUGUGAUACUUUUAUAACUCAUGAAAAUAAUAGUUUUAUUCAAUUUUUCAAACUCCUUUUUGUGGUUAAGUUGUAUGUUUCCAUUGUAUGGUUCAUGGCUUGAUUAAUGUUGGAUACAUUGAUCGGAAGGGCAGUCAUUGGGUUUUAUUUCAUGCAUUACAGGGAAAUUCUGUACCCUGUAUAUAUUAAAAAAAAUUACUUUGAGUUAAUUUUGGAGGAUUGUUUAAAUAAAUAGUGUGAUUGUCACUUAUUGAAAAGUCAA